AUGUUCUAAUUAUUCUAUGAAGUUGUCACUUGUCAUUCUGUCAAAAAAGGAGGAAGGGGAUUUUUAUUAAAAAAUGAUCAUUUGUAUUUAUUUGAUUUGAUUUCGAAACCAUUUUACUCAAACGAUUAUCGUUGUCUAAAAUUGAUAAAAACAAUAUGAAUUUAAUAAAAAUGUUGCAUACUCGAACCCUUAACCUUUCUUAUAAUGCACUCAAAAAUGUCCAGAAAGUGGCUUUUUCAAGUAAUACCACCAACAACAUGGAUACAACCUACAUGGAGAUUCCUCUUUAUGAUGUUGAGAAACAACAACCGCUGGAGAAACGUAAAGCAAGAUUGCAUUACCAAUCGCGAAAAAGAGGAAUGUUAGAAAACGAUCUUCUACUCAGCACUUUUGCGAAGAAGUAUUUGAAUGGUUUUAAUGAAAAACAGACUAUGAUGUACGAUCGUCUCAUAAACUCACCCAGCAACGAUUGGGACAUAUUCUAUUGGAUAGUUGAAAAGAAGCCAACUCCUAAAGAAUUUGACAAUGAAAUUAUGAAUCUUCUCAAAAAACAUGCUAAAAAUGAAGAUAAAAUUGCACUCCGACAACCCGAUCUACAUUAAAACGAAAAUGCAGUGUUAAAAGAAUAAAUUUGUUUCGUUGAUUAGUUAUUAUAGCGUUAGUUGCUUGUUGUUCAGUAUUUUAUUUAAUAAAAAAAUAAAGGAUUGAAUAUAAAUUACAUUAUCGCUAAAA